ACACAUGACAGUUCACACUGGAGAAAAACGUUAACAUGCACUCAGUGUGAAAAGAGCUUUUCUCAAGCAUCAGGUCUCAAUAAACAUCUGCUCCUUCACUCUGGAGAAAAAACAUUUAACUGUGAUCAGUGUGGUAAAGAUUUUAUUUCUUCAUCAGAUCUUAAACGACACCUGAAAGUUCAUUCAGAUGAGAGGCCUUAUGUGUGUUCUUUCUGUGGAAAGACUUUUUCGUGGCUGUACAGUUUUAAACAUCACCAGAAAACACAUGAUGAAGUGAAAGAUCAUGUGUGUUUGGACUGUGGGAAGAGCUUUACUAUAGCUUUCUAUCUGAAACAGCACCAAAGAAUUCAUACUGGAGAAAAACCUUACAAGUGCUCAUAUUGUGACAAGAGUUUCAGUCAUUCUGGAACCCUGAAAUCACAUGAGCGAGUUCAUACUGGAGAAAAACCUUACAAGUGCUCAUAUUGUGAGAAGAGUUUCAAUCAGUCUGGAAACCUGGAAACUCAUAAACGAAUUCAUACUGGAGAGAAGCCGUACUACUGUACUCAGUGUGGAAAGAGUUUCAGAAUAAAAGAAUCUCUUACCAAACACAUGAGAGUUCACACUGGAGAGAAACCGUUUACAUGCACUCAGUGUGGAAAGAGUUUUCCUCAAGCAUCAGGUCUAAAUAAUCAUCUGCUCCUUCACUCUGGAGAAAAAACAUUUAACUGUGAUCAGUGUGGUAAAGAUUUUAUUUCAUCAUCAUAUCUAAAAAAACAUCUGAUAGUUCAUUCAGAUGAGAGGCCUUAUGUGUGUUCUCUCUGUGGAAAGAGUUUUUCGCGGCUGGGCAGUUUUAAAUUGCACCAGAAAACACAUGAUGAAGUGAGAGAUCAUGUGUGUUCAGAGUGUGGGAAGAGCUUUACUACAACUAGCCAUCUGAAAUGGCACAAACGUAUUCAUACUAGAGAAAAACCUUACAAGUGCUCAUGUUGUGACAAGAGUUUCAGUCUGCUUAGAAAACUGAAAUCACAUGAACGAGUUCAUACUGGAGAGAAGUUCAACUGUACUCAGUGUGAGAAGAGUUUUAAAACUGCCAAAGGUCUCGGUAUUCAUUUAAACGUUCACUGGAGAAAAAUAAUUUAACUGUGAUCAGCUUUGAACUGUGAUUUAACUGUGAGUGUAUAAAGAGUUUUACUAUAUCUGAAACAACAUGAAAGAAUUCAUACUGGAGAAAGUUGUAAUCAUAUCAUUCAAACUCAAAAAAUACUUCAAGUGAGCAGCAUUUGUUUUAUGUCAAAUACAUUAAAGUAAAUUCUUUGAAAUAAAA